UCGUUACCUAAAUCAGUCAAAUUGCUAUGAGUUAGAUGGGGUUGACGAUUCCAAAGAGUACCUAGAUACAAGAAGGGCAAUGGAUAUUGUCGGAAUAAGUUCGGAAGAGCAGGAUGCAAUAUUUCGUGUAGUGGCUGCAAUUCUCAAUCUUGGAAACGUUGAAUUUACAAAAGGGAAGGAGACAGACUCCUCAGUGCCAAAAGGUGAAAGAUCUUGGUUUCAUCUAGGGGCUGCUGCCGAGCUGUUAAUGUGUGACAUGAAGGCUCUUGAGGAUUCGCUUUGCAAGUGUGUUAUUGUAACUCGGGGUGAAACCAUCACGAAAUUGCUGGAUCCAGAAGCAGCAGCCAUCAGUAGAGAUGCUUUGGCAAAAAAUAGUAUACUCAAAGUUGUUCGAUUGGCUAGUGGAUAAGAUUAAUAGUUCAAUUGGUCAAGAUCCAAAUUCAAAAUCUUUGAUUGGUGUGCUGGAUAUUUAUGGAUUUGAGAGUUUUAAGACUAACAGCUUUGAACAAUUUUGUAUCAAUUUGACAAAUGAGAAACUUCAACAGCACUUCAAUCAGCAUGUUUUCAAAAUGGAACAAGAAGAGUAUACAAAAGAGGAAAUUGACUGGAGCUACAUUGAGUUCAUUGAUAAUCAAGAUAUUCUGGAUCUCAUAGAAAAGAAACCAGGAGGUAUUAUAGCACUUCUUGAUGAAGCUUGUAUGUUUCCAAGAUCAACUCAUGAAACAUUUGCUCAGAAACUUUAUCAGACUUUUAAAGACCACAAACGAUUCAGCAAGCCCAAGUUGGCUCGUUCUGACUUCACUAUUUGCCAUUACGCUGGUGAUGUCACGUAUCAAACUGAAUUGUUUCUGGAUAAGAACAAAGACUAUGUUGUUGCUGAACACCAGGCGCUCUUGAGAGCUUCAAAAUGUUCUUUUGUAUCUGGUUUGUUUCCAAUAUCAGUGGAGGAAUCCUCAAAACAGUCAAAGUUUUCUUCUAUUGGCUCUAGCUUCAAGCAACAAUUGCAGUCUUUGCUUGAAGCUCUGAAUACAACCGAACCCCAUUAUAUUCGAUGUGUGAAGCCGAAUAAUCUGCUAAAGCCCUCUAUCUUCGAGAAUCACAAUGUUCUGCAACAGCUGUGCUGUGGGGGAGUGAUGGAAGCAAUAAGAAUAAGCUGUGCCGGAUAUCCUACUCGAAAACCCUUUUAUGAAUUUUUAGAUUGCUUUGGCGUCCUCUCGCCUGAAGUUUUAGAUGGAAGUACGGACGAGGUCUCUGCAUGCACAAGCCUCUUAGAGAAAGUCGGUCUUCAAGGAUAUCAGGUAAUAAAUCAUGCUAUCUUUUCUUUGGUUUAACUAUCUGGUAUCAGAAACUCACUGCCCUAGCUAAUCCAAAUUCACGCCACAUAGGAUCCAUUUAAGGGGAAGCGCUCCUUACCAGGAAAAUCCCGUUUCUAUGGCUCGAACCCUUCUAGCUAAGGGUGGAGGGAUUUGAUCCAUCCCACUACAUCCCUUGGUGGUAUACAUCACGCUUUUUAGAGAUACAGAAGAUGCCGUCAAACAUGAAACAAUUCAAACCUUUCCACUGCACUUUUUUAUUUUGGGAGUAGAGGGCUCAAACUAGGUCCUUUGGUCGAGGGUAGAGGGAUCUGAGCCAUCCCUCUACUCCCUGGAUGGUAUACAUCACUUUUUUAGAAGUUAAAAAAAAUCCUUUAAACGUGAAACAAUUCAAACCUUUCCAGUGGAUUUUUGUAUUUUUAGAGUAACUUAUUUUCGAACAAUAAUGUCAAUUUACAAAAAAUGUGUUUUAUCUCUAUGAACAUGACAUUUAUCUAGCACAUUCUUCAUUCAGUAAAAUGUUUUAAGAAUUUUAGUGAUUCCCUUUUCGCAUUUGUUGCACACUGGAAUCCUAAAUUGCUCCGACACGACAGUUUAGGUGCCGCACCCGUGUUGACACGAUAUUAGUAUGGGUGUAGGUAUGGGAUCCGUACCGUAUUUGGUUAAAUAAUGUUGGGUACUUUGACCACGACGGACGAAAAAAUUCGAGAGUAGAUACAAUUUGAUUCCCGAAAUCAGAACAAAAAAUAAGGUAAAUUUAAAGAAAAUAUCACACCUUAUCUAGUAAAUCAAUCCCCUUACUUAUCUACAACUCGAGAAUAAAAAAUAAAUCCACACUUUAUUCCACAAUUUUUUCAAUAUUUUAAUAUUUUUAUUUUUUUGAAUUAUUUUUAGCCGUAUCCCCGAAUCUUAGGAUUUACAUCUCGAAGGAUCCGACCUUUAUAUCAGCACCCGUGCCGGACACCCGCACUUGUGUCUGAGCAACUUAUUCGGAAUCUCUGUGUUUGCAUACAAUAUUAGCUUGAGAUAAGUUUAGUUGGAGUAACAUGAUCAGUGAGGAUUCAUAUAGCUGACCCCAACUUGCUUGGGACUGAGGCAUUGUUGUUGUUGUAUCUUCUUCCAGAGCUCUUUUGGUUCUUGUUUUAUAAUCAUAUGCAGAAGACCGUUGCCUUUAAAGCCACAAGCAUUAACUUAAUGUCUCGCACAUAUUUCAUGCCUUUCUUUGCUUUUUGACUUAGAUCAACUGUAGCAUAUUUCAUUCUUGUAUUGAUCUAAAAAGAAGGAAAAGCCAGAAUCACCUACGGAUUUCCUUUGUGAGAUG